UUAUUCCAUCUCAAUCAAUACUGCCCAUUCGCGCGCAUUCUUGUUUAAAAUCAUCACAAUGAAUUUUAUGCCGUGUGAGCCGCUAGCGAGGUGGUCUGCUAGAACACCAGUCCCGGCUUCGUUCACUAUGCAGUAUCGAUAUUUCAACCCGGCGAUAGCCUGUUCCACAGAGUCCGACGGCUUUACCCGAAAGCACUACCUAACCGACGGCCAUUUGCUUACACAGCCUCCAGCUGGACCGAUAGUCUGCUCGAACCUGUUCCGCGGUAGAGAUCUGUUGGUCGAUGUUGUGGUCUCUGUGCACUUCCGUAUAGUUCACCCACUCUACACUCUUGCGCCUCGCGCCCUUACCGCCGUGGCAGUCGAAUGCUUCUUAGUGACCAGUUUAGGAGUCAGAUCAGAUUAGAGUAUACGGUGUAUACUUGGACGCACUCAGUUAGACAAACCAAACCAGGAGUCAGACAAGAUCUGAUGUAACGUACUAUUGUGCUACGGUUGACCGCUUGGCAUUUCGCGUGCUAAAGAAUCACGUCGUCUGUGACUGUUACGCGGAGGGUGGAAACCUAAACCCUGUCAGGGUUGCAGCUGCUCUCGGUAGCGGCAGUUUCGUUGGUGCCGCUACUAAUACCAAGCUAGUACUGAAAAAGGAGUGCCUCGUUCUAAAUAUCCUCUCCUUGCAUCUUUUGCUGCAUGACUAAGAAAUAGUUUGCGCCAAGUGAGACAAUUUUAAUAUUGUUAUGUCUGAUGUAAUUUCACCCAUUCCGUCAAGUGGACUGGGAGGCAAAGAUGACGAAAAAAACAAAAGCACACCGAGCCAGAAACAAAAUCAUGAACAAACACCAGAACAGCACCAGUUAGAGGCCCAAAUAUCUGAAUCCGAGAAACCGCUAGUAACAGAAGCUAUUGUAGCUGACGUCGUCAAGGUUAUCUCGAAAGCGCAGGAAACUGCGAUCGGCGUUAUGGAACUGAGCACUCCUUGGCCAGCAGCGAAAGAGCAGAAAAUCGGUUCGGGUGAACCCAAAUCAAGCCCAGACGAUUUGAAGCUAGAUGUCGCCGAAAAACAGGAAGGAUUUAUUGAGCAAGAAACACUUGCAAAAAAUCAGGCUACUUCAGGUCUUACGCCAGCCGAGGAACUAGCUUCAGUGACACAGAAAAAGGACGCGCUGGAGAAACAGCGAUUAUCAGAAAAAGAAAUUCGCGGACUAAAUAAGAUCCUCUUUGAAUGCAGAGGCAGUGCACAGGGCGUUAAGGGCGAUGUACUUAAGGUGCUUCAAGAGCGCCGACUGUGCGAGGAAGAAUGCCUCAAAAUCGAAAAAAACAUUGGCGAGAAGCUGGCAGCGCUUACUGCAGAAGUUCACAGGUCAACGAAAGAGUGUAUGACCGAAGAAGUUGAACCCGAGGCCCGAACCCCUAUUCCUGUAGGAAGCGGUUCGUCCUUGGGAACCGCCGGAAAACGGGAAAAACGCGCGAAUUCAAAGAGCGCUACGCCACCUCCCUCUGGUUUAUCUGGCCAGGACAAGGACCGCGCUUUGCAAGAUCGAAUCUGCGAUCUCAGCAAACAGGAACCUGCAAAAAAGUUAUCGGCAAGUUCAAAAAAAAAGGCUGUUGAGAGCGUAUUGCGUAGCCUUGGCGAUAUUGAUACAGUCGAGAGUAAACUCCGCGCUCUAUGCGAACUGCACUAUGAGACGUUAGAGCAGCUCAGGGAAACGCAGGCCACUGCAGAAAAGUGGAAAAAGCAAUUCCAGGCAAGUCAGAAAGAGAACAACCGCUCGUUGUUGGCGAGGGAUCGCCUUGAAGGGCUUUGUCGAGAGCUGCAAAAACAUAAUAAUGCAAUCAAGGAGGAAUCGGCUUUACGUCGUCGCGAGGAAGAAGAGAAGCGGAAGCAUAUUGCUGCGAAAUUCCAAGCGACCUUGACUGAUAUUUCCACCCUGAUGGCCGAUACUCAAGAGACUUCUGCUAAAUUGCGGCAAGACAAUGCUCAGUUGGCUGGCAAGCUUCGGACGCUUGUUAAUCAUUACGAUAUCUGGGAGAAGCACUCGGAAAAUAUGCUAAAACAGAAAACUAUCGAAGCUGACCUCGCAAUGGCCAAACUUCGCGAAGCGCAACUUCUUCGUGAAAAAGACGUGACGGAAGUGGAGCACUCAAGAAAAUUGCUUGAGACCGCCACAAAGGAGAUGCAAUUGCAACUUAAGGCUUCGCUCCGAAACGAAAUUCUACUUCGAGAACAGUUAAAACUGCACAACGACAAGUACGAAGAGUUCCAGGAGGCGAUCGUGUCCAGCAAUAAGAUGUUCACUGAUUUCAAGGGCGAAGUCGAAUCGAUGGGUAAACAGACUCGCAAAUUUGAAAAAGAAGCUCUUCAAUGGAAACAACGGUGGGAAGAGGCCAAUCUCGCAACGGCUCGAGUGUUCCAAGAAAAGACCAAAAGUGAUUUCAAAGUUGAAACUCUUUCACGACUUUGCCGUUCACUACAAGAUAAAUUACGAAUCACAAACAAGGAUAUGGCCGAACUUGAGUCAAGUGUCGCCAGCCAAGUCGUUACGGAAGAGAAAAUCAAACUCGAGGAAGAGCUACUCAGAAAACAAAGGGAGAUCGAACAGCAUAAGCAUGCAUUGAAGGUUCGACAAAAGGAAGUUCAAUCAGAGUUAGCCGGAAGUACUGAAGUUGCACAGAAAGUUUCGCAAGAUAUUGAGCAAACCCCCGAAGGAAUAGCUGAGGGGCCGGUACCUGAGGCUGUCACAAUAAACGAUGACAAUACGGAUACCGGAAUUUUGCCGGAAGAAAGCCAGGAGGCGCAGCAAGCAAACAGCGGUUCCAGUAAGAAAGAUGCUAAGAAAAAGAACAAGAAAAGACAUUAAACCAGGGAUCCUUUGGGGAUCAAGGAUGACCAAACAAGGAGCCUUUGAGUCAAGACUCCUACAACUCCUCGAUUAAUAAGCUAAUCUGUACCGAAUGAGAGAUAAGAAAGCCAAGGAAGGUGUGGCAGAUGUAAGAGAAGGUCGACGAGACAAAUAUGUUCUGUGGUUUCUAUUAUGGAGAAGGUAGUGAAAUCAGUCGCGAAUUCAACGGCUGCAGGUAACAAUUUAGAGGAAACGGUAUAAUUUUUUACGAAUUUACCCCAAUUUUCUAGGACGCAAGCUGAUUAAGAGGCAGAGCUCGUAGGUUACAAAGGAAUGCAGUCAAAUCGAGUGGACAAAAAGCUGUGGUGUUCACCAGGUUGUUAAGUACAAACAAAAGAAAAAAUAAUGAAAACGGUAGAAACAGUGUACAGUUUACUAAGGAAACAAUAAUUAACUUAUCUACAUUAAAUCAAAUCUAUUAUAGACACGUACGUGACAAUAAGGCAAAACCAUCACGAUCAUAACGAAAUCGCUAUUUAGUUCAUCCAUAAUAGCGUUCAUUGUCAUUUGUAUUUAAUUACCUUUUAAUUAAUUACGUAUGUAUUUAUUUUCAAUUAAGACAAGACAGUAGAAGUCUGAUUUCUGCUCGUAUUUCCAUCUGGUUGCACUUGCUGAAAAUGCAGGGGUGAAAACAUGUAAAAAAACAAACAAAAAAUUAUU